AAUUACUCAACUGAUUCUUUUGAAAAUCCUUAAUUUUAAUGUAGUAAUAAGUAACUUUUUUCCCUUGCAAUUGAUUCUGAAUAAUCACCUUUGGAAUUUUUGCUUAUCUUUGUUUGAUUCUAGAAUUUAAAACUGCUACAAUCAUAUAUAAAUAUAAGUAUACGUCUAUAUGUUUACAUGUAUACAUACAAGUAUAUUUGUGGGUGUACAUUUCUAUGCAUGCAUGCGUGUGUGUAAAAAUGUGUAGUAAAUUGUCUUGUGUAGUUUUUGCUAACCCAAAUAAGAUAUGGACUGCAAUUGUGAUGCAUGCUGCUGAGUUUCUUAGAAGUUAUUCUUUAUUAUUCUAGAAUCUAGAGACUGCAAUAAAGCCUGUCUUUUCUCUUUUUUUCCCCGUCUUAGUAAAAGGGUUUUAAGACUAAACAUGUAUGGCUGUCUUUUUAAUGAAAGAGAAACACUAAUGCAAUAUGCAUUGAAUCAGAUAGAGUUUUAAAGGAAGUCAAGCAUUCAGGCUAAUGCCCCUUUAAAGUAAUCUCCAUGAUAAAAAAUUAUCUGCAUUGCAACGUGCAACUCUCCUAUCAAUGAUGGAAGUGCAAAAUUCUGAACCAGGGCAUAUAAUUGAAAUAUGUGGAGAUGUGCCAGCUGCAGAGAUAAACCUGGGUGGAAGUACAAUCUGUGGAGGUGCAGUAUGUGGGUUUUCUGAUGCUCAAAGCAGUUCAAAAGAUGCAAAAGAACGAACAGCCUCUAUGCGGAAGCUUUUGAUGGCAGUAGUGCUCUGCAUUCUCUUUAUGAGUGUAGAAGUAGCUGGAGGAAUUAAAGCCAACAGUCUUGCAAUCUUAACUGAUGCAGCUCAUCUCUUGUCAGAUGUUGCAGCAUUUGCGAUCUCCUUGUUCUCUCUUUGGGCAUCUGGCUGGGAGGCAACUCCACGUCAAUCUUAUGGAUUCUUCAGAAUUGAAAUCCUCGGUGCCCUUGUUUCCAUUCAGAUGAUAUGGCUUUUAGCUGGCAUCCUUGUUUAUGAAGCCAUAGUUAGACUUAUCCAUGGUACAGGUGAAGUUCAAGGCUUUCUGAUGUUCAUGGUUUCUGCAUUUGGUUUAGUGGUUAAUAUUGCUAUGGCUCUUUUGUUGGGUCAUGAUCAUGGCCAUCACCAUGGCCACGACCAUAAUCAUGCACAUGGCAAGAAUGGUCAUGACCACCAUGAUAACAGUCAUAGCCAUGACGGUGAACCACAUAAUCAUGGACUAAGUAUAACUUCUCACCAUCAUCAUGGCUCGAACUCUAAACUUGAUGAUGAGCAUCAUCAUUCUCAUGAAGCUGACCAUGCUGAGCCUCUGCUUAAGACCUACUCAGAUUGUGAAAAAAAAUCAGAAAGUGGAGCACCUCAGAAGAAGGAAAGAAACAUCAAUGUUCAAGGAGCUUAUCUUCAUGUCCUAGGGGAUUCCAUUCAGAGUGUUGGAGUGAUGAUUGGUGGAGCGAUUAUUUGGUACAAGCCUGAGUGGAAAUAUAUUGAUCUGAUGUGCACCCUUGUAUUCUCUGUUAUUGUGCUGGGAACAACCAUCAGGAUGCUGCGAAAUAUUUUGGAAGUUCUUAUGGAGAGCACACCCCGGGAAAUUGAUGCCACAAGGCUUGAGAAGGGUUUAUGUGAGAUGGAUGAGGUUGUUGCCGUACAUGAACUGCACAUUUGGGCCAUAACUGUUGGUAAGGUUUUAUUAGCUUGCCAUGUCUUAAUUAAGCGUGAAGCUGAUGCUGACAUGGUAUUGAACAAGGUUAUAGAUUAUAUCAGGAGAGAAUACAAUAUAAGUCAUGUGACUAUUCAGAUAGAGCGCCAGUAAAUCCGUUGCAGUAAGUUUUGUAAGCGUACUGUUGUUUGCUUUUUUAGUUUUAAGAUAUUGAUUAAUGGGCAAUUAAAAAUGGCAUUAGCUAUAUCUUCUGCCGAUUUAUCUUAGUCUAGUAUGUAAAUGUGUAGAGGGAAAACUCUGAUUUUUUUCCCUAUUUCUUUUAAUUCGUGUAGCUCGAAUCAGAGCCAAAUAAAUGAAGGUGUUUAAGGAGCUCAGCCCGGAGUCACGGACUCUGUUUAAGGGAAAUAGAUGUGACAAAUAUGAGUAAGCAGCGGAAAUGAUGAAU